CACUGUUUCUAACAGCAAGUGAAAGUAAGCUCAGGUCAUCUGCAGAGACACAACGGCAGAGACACAACGGCCGUCGAGCCCUGCUGUUCUCUGAUCUUCUUCAAACAUGCCUGGAAUGAACCUACUGGAAGAAAAAAGAGUUGGAGAAAGCAUCUCCAAGCAUGUAUGGAUCAGCUUAACAGGUCCUGCAGUUGGAUCUUUGAAACAUGCUUUCUUUGGGCCAAGUGUUAAAGUUCUGCAGAAAAGCACGAAAGAAAAAGGAGUAACAACACAAGCAGAAGAGGAAGAGUGCACUGCAAAUGAGGCUGGAAGAGGAGAAAUGACACCAAGAACUGCAGACAACAUCAAACCUCAGACAGAGUCACCAACAAUGAUUGUCAUGGCAGGAACAACAGCUGGGGCUCAAAAGUACAUCAAAGUGCAACAAAUGUACAGGAUUGUCCUGCUUGGAGACACCAGAGCUGGGAAAAGCAGCCUAGCGAACACCAUGUUUGGAGAAGAUGUGUUCAAGGGUGACAACACUGAAUGUCAAGCUGAGUCCAAAUCUGUUCAUGGAAGAAGGAUCACCCUGAUCAACACUCCUGAUCUCUUUAGCCCAGGUAGAUCAGAGGAGGAGCUGAAGCCUGAAAUACUGAGGUGUAUCACUGAGUUUCCUCCUGGGCCUCAUGCUUUUCUCAUUGUGCUCAAAGUGGAUAAAUCCACAGAGCAGCAGCAGGAGGCUGUUAUUGAGAAAAUAUGCCAAUAUUUCCCAGAGGAAGCUUUCAAAUAUGCUGCAGUUGUCUUUACUCAGGAUGACUCAGAAGGAAUGAAGAUCCAAGACUUCAUAGAUAAGAAUAAAUGUCUGAGUGACCUGGUGAAGAAGUGCAAGAGUCGAUUCCACACCAUUAAUAAUUACAAACAACAGGGUGACAAUAUCAGCAACCAGUCCCAGGUCGCAGAGUUGCUCAACACAAUAAAGCAGAUAGUUGAAGAAAACAAAGGAAGGUGCUACACCAGCAAGAUGUUGCCACAAGGAGACACCUGCAGUAACACUAACGAGCUGAUCAAACUUACAGGCCCUGCAGCAGAAUCAGUGGCAAAGGCUUUCUCUGGGCCAGCCUUUGUAGUUUUAACCCAGGGAACAACAAACGAAGCAGAGGAAAGUAACAAGACAACAGAUAAAGAAGGACAAAAUGGAGAGGAAACUGCAUCAGAAACAGCAAAUAAAGGGGACACAGAAAAAAACACAAAAGAAGAUGGAGAAACAAUAAAGGAAAACAAAGGUGAGGAAGUAGCAGAAGAAACAGAAGGAAAUGAGGAUGACAAAGAUGGAAUCAUAUGUGGAACGGGACAAGAUCAACGUCCAAAAGACACAGAAGAAAAAAGAGAAGAAGAAGCUACACCAGAAACAGUAGGAGAACUGAGAAAAGAAUCUCAAGAAAAAACAGAAGGAAAUGAGGAUGACAAAGAUGGAAUCAUACGAGAAGAGGAACAAAAUCAACGUCCAAAAGAAACAGAAGAGGAAAGAGAAGAAGAAGCUGCAUCAGAAGUAGUAGGAGAACCGGGAAAAGAAUCUCAAGAAAAAACAGAAGGAAAAGACAGCAACAAACAUGGAAUCAUAUGUGAAACGGGACAAGAUCAACGUCCAAAAGAAACAGAAGAAAAAGCAGAAGAUAGGUCACAAGAAGAAAAAAUAUUAGGUCACAGACAAGCUGCAGGCGGUAUAGCACCAGCAGUUGGUGCAGUAGCUGCAGGAUUUAUAGUAGCUGCAGGUGCAGCAGGUGCAGCAGGUGCUGCAGGCGCUGCUGCAUCUGCAUGCAGUGCAGUAACAGCUGGAGGUAUAGCAGCUGAAGGCAGUGCAGUAGCUGCAGGCAGUGCAGCAACAGCAGCAGGUGCAGGUGCAGCAGGGGCUGGGGGUGCAGCAGGAGCAGCAGAAGCAACAGCAGCAGGUGCAGGUGCAGCAGGGGCUGGGAGUGCAGCAGGUUCUGUGGGAAAGGUAGCCAUAGCCAUUGGAGGAGCCAUAGGGGUGGGAUUGACAAUAAAAAAAGCAAUAAACUGGGUAACAAACUGGGUAAAGCCGCGUGUUGGAGUGGUAUUACUGGUGCUUGUUUUCUACUCAUUGCUUCUGUCAUGGUUUUUUCUCGAAGUACCAUUUGUUGGGACCCUUUUCUUAUUAUUUCUGUUACUGUUGCUUGUUAUUAUUCUUGUUGUCAUAUAAUUAGAACACAACAGAUUACUGUGUGUGUGCGCCUGGCUUAAUUUAAAGAAUAACCUCACGCAUGAAUUAAAAAUACAGAAUAUGCGAUAUAGCGCUAAAGGUUGUAUGAUUCACUGUCUGAAAAAUAAGAGGUUUUUAAACUAUCCAAACUGUGCAUGAUUUUUCACUCUACUCUGUAAUGGCAAACACAAUGCUUCCUUUUAAAAAAAAUUUUCGGGGGGGGGGGGACUAGCAUUUAUAACUGAUUAAAUAAUUCAUUUCACACUGAUUGCACUGUAAACUUUCAUGUUUUUCAUGUAGUUCACUGUUCAUCUACAACAUCACUCUGACAUUAAAAAAAAACGCACAUUAUCUAAAAAUAAAUGAAUGGAUUUUCGCUUA